UCCGGGAGCUGGGAGCGCGGCGGCCGGCGGGGCCAAGUCAUUCUGCUGACUUCUCCCAGCCUGGCUGGCAGGUUUAAAACCCAGCGUGCAGACGCAGAAGGAAGCUGCAGGCAGCACUGAAGGUCUGUUGACUUAGAGAAGGCUCGGAAGCAUGGAAAGCCUCUGUGCAGCAAACACCACUUUUGCUGUGGACCUGUUCAGAAAGCUGUGUGAGGAGAGAAGUGGGAAGAAUGUGUUCUUUUCACCAUUUAGUAUUUCUUCUGCUUUGUCUAUGGUUUUGCUGGGUUCCAGAGGUAGCACUGAAGCCCAAAUAAGUAAGGUGCUCUCUCUGAAGAAUGCCCAGGAUGCUCACAAUGGGUAUCAAUCCCUUCUCUCUGAGAUUAAUGAUCCAAACACCAAAUACAUCCUGAGAACUGCAAACCGGCUCUAUGGAGAAAAGACCUUUGAGUUUCUUGCAUCUUUCAUAGAGUCGAGUCAGAAAUCCUACCAUGCUGGCCUAGAGCAGAUGGACUUCCUGCAUGCCUGGGAGGAUUCCAGGAAACAAAUCAAUGGCUGGGUAGAGGAAAGGACUGAAGGUAAAAUUCAGAACCUGUUGGCAGAGGGAAUUCUCAAUUCCCUGACCAGACUUGUGUUGGUCAAUGCCAUCUAUUUCAAGGGCAACUGGGAAGAGCAGUUCAACAAACAGAGUACCAGAGAAAGGCCAUUCCACAUUAACAAGAACGAGACCAGACCUGUGCAGAUGAUGUUCAAGGAGGCGAAUUUUAACAUGACGUACAUUGGGGAGCUGCAGACCAAAAUCCUUGAGCUCCCCUAUGUGGGUAAUGAAGUGAGCAUGAUCAUCCUGCUCCCUGAUGCAAUCCAGGAUGGAUCCACAGGCUUGGAAAGACUGGAAAGAGAACUUACCUAUGAGAAGUUAAUAGAUUGGAUCAAUCCUGAAAUGAUGGACUCUACAAAGGUGAGGGUGUCUUUACCCAGAUUUAAACUAGAAGAAAACUAUGAUCUGAAACCCCUUCUGAGCAGCAUGGGAAUGCCUGAUGCCUUUGACUUGGGGAAGGCAGACUUCUCAGGAAUUUCAACUGGCAACGAGCUGGUGCUGUCUGAAGUGGUUCACAAGUCCUUUGUGGAAGUCAAUGAAGAAGGCACUGAAGCAGCUGCUGCCACAGCUGCAGUGAUGAUGAUGCGCUGUGCCAUGAUAGUUCCAGAAUUCACUGCUGAUCGUCCCUUCCUCUUCUUCAUCCGGCACAACAAAUCCAGCAGCAUUCUGUUCUGUGGCAGGUUCUGCUGUCCCUAAGGAGGAGAUGUCUGGGCAGCACAGGUGCCAUCACACAAUAAAUGUACAUUUCCCUGGAACAA